UGCGUUGGCAUGAUAUUUACCGGCGGCGGCUGUGUAAGACGAAAGUACAAAACGGUAAACAAUCACAAUGCAAAGUUCAAGGAUCAACUUUUAACGCUAUAGUAUUAAAAUAUGCGUCUUUGUUGUUUUUUUUAAUUUAGAUCUGUAACCGUGAAUCUUUAUAGUUUUAUUUUUUAUGUACAUACAUCUAAAAAUGUAUUUUAAUAUUUUUUUAUAAAUGAAACGCACCUAGAUUUAGUCCACAAGCCCCACGUAUCAGCUAUCUCGUUUCAUUAUUCAUUACAAUAAUUUACUGUUAUUAAUUUUAUUGAUUUGUUAAUAACUAACUUAAUAUCCUUCUAGAUUAUUCGUAAAUCAGCUUGGUUACAGAAUUUGUAAUUAUUAUUAUAAGUUAACACAAUGGUGUUUGAUAACUUAUAUCUUAAUAAGGACCAUCUCAAUGGGUUUGACAAUUACAAAUAUAAUGCCAUCGAUACAAAUCCAUUGGGUACCUAUAUUAUGCAUCCAUUUUGGAACGCAUUAAUUAAAGUUACUCCAAGAUGGAUUGCACCUAAUUUGCUAACUUUUGUUGGUUUUCUUUUUACUGUUGGAGCUUCACUUCUUCUUGCUUAUUAUGACUAUGGUUUCUAUGUAUCUGGAAUAAACUACCAAGGUGAUCCAAUACCAAGAUGGGUUUUUGGUGUUGUAUCAUUAUUUAUUUUCAUAUCAUAUUCUCUUGAUGGCCUUGAUGGUAAACAAGCUAGACGUACAGGCACAAGUGGUCCACUUGGUGAACUGUUUGACCAUGGUCUGGAUUCCUGGACAACUGUUUUUAUCCCAACUGCACUUUAUUCAAUAUUUGGGCGCGAUGACCCAAAUACUAUUCAACCAAUACGGAUGUAUUAUAUCUGUAUAAUGGUUUUCAUUAAUUUUUAUCUGGCUCAUUGGGAAAAGUAUAACACUGGAGUAUUAUAUUUGCCAUGGAGUUAUGAUUUUUCAAUGGUUGGAUUAGUAUUCUUCUUUGGUCUUACUGCUUUUUUUGGUCCUGAAAAAUGGAAAAUGUCUUUGAUUGGAAAUUAUUCCUUUGGACAUGUCACAGAAAUAACAUUUUAUUUUACCACAUUCAUUACUAAUAUUCCAGUUUCAAUUUAUAAUAUUUAUGUAAGUUACAGAGACAAAACAGGUAAAAAUUUAAGUAUUUUAGAAGGUAGUCGACCAUUAAUUCCUUUGACUGUCUUUGUAUCUUUAUGCUUGAUAUGGGUAAAAAUAUCUCCUACAAAUGUUCUUGAAAGGGAUCCAAGAAUAUUUUUCAUGAUGAGUGGAGCAAUAUUUUCAAAUAUUUGUUGUCGUUUAAUUGUGGCUCAAAUGAGCAAAACUCGCUGUGAAGCACACAACAAUUUGUUGUCUUUUAUGGUUGUAGCUAUACUUUUUAGUGUGUUCUUACCUCCCAUUGAAUUAAUCUGCAUGUAUAUUAUGGCAUUAAUAAGCAUUUUAACACACAUAUAUUAUGGAGGCUGUGUAGUGAAACAAAUGGCUGAUCAUUUUAACAUCAUGUGUUUCAAAAUACCAUACAAGAAACAUUAAAUAUAAUAUAUUAUUUUUAUUAACUACUUAAAUCAGCAUUAGCAUUCAUGGAAUAGUUGUUAAUGAAUGUUAUUAUUAUUUUUUUUUUAAUCUCAUUACAGAAUAGCCAUACUUACAAAAUAUUGUUUUUUAUAUUUGUAUAAUUGUUCAUACAUGAAUUGUAUACAAGUUAUUAUCAUUAAUAACACAAUUUAAAAAAUUGAUAAAGUAUAUUUCGUUUUAAGAAUUAUUAUACUAAUUUAAUUAUUUUCUUAUUUUUAUUUCUUAAAAAUUAUUGUAUUUAUAGAAUUAAAGUUUAAAAAAACUUAAAAAUGGCAACUUUCAAAUGUAUAAACUAAUUUAUCUUUGAAUGAAAUUCAAAAAUUUUGAACAAAUAGUGAUACUUUAUUGGCAGUUAUUUAAUUAUUUAUUGUUAUAUUAUUUUACUGCAAACAUUUAAUAUUAAAUAACCUUAAUUGGUAUUUAUUUUUAUUUAAAUGGAUUGUAUUCUUUAAUUAUCUAUAGUAUCUAUUUAAUAUUAAUUUAAAAUUAUUAAGGUAUCUCAUAAAAUGUUCAAGUUACUAUAAUAAUAAAUUAACCCUUUACCUGUUAAAACAAUUUGUUAUUUUAUAAUUAAUUAAAUUAUUCGACUUUAUUAUAAUAGAUUUUAGAUAAUAAGUUAAUUAAUAUCAUGAAUGACUUGACAGUCUGAGUUUGUAUUUUUUUUUUAUUGUUUUUGUUUUGAACUUGUGUGUGAUAAAAAAGAUCAAUUAGUAAAUUUAUGAUUACAAUAUAUUAUAUUAUUACAGUAUUGAAUA